AUACCAUAUAAUUGCUGUCGACCUAAGAUAAUGACGGGCGUAAAUUUUUGCAUUAUUAUUCAAAAUGAAAUCAAUGAAUGUCAGUGCCCUUCUCCUCACUCAAACAACUCCACCAAAGUCCAAACAAUCUCUUACUACUACUACUACUCUUUUCUCAUCUCUCAAAACAUUCCAUCAAAUUCAAUAUUCAUUCAUUCAUUCAUGCAGAAAUUAAUUUCUCUAGGAUCCAACAAACAUCCCCUUCAUGGCCCUACUACUCUUCUCUUCCUCCUCUUCCUCCUCACUACUGCUUUCAUCUCUUUCCUAUGGUCUACACUUUCUACCACUAACAUCAAACCAACAACAAACACUAUUGCAAACCAAACCUUAGUACCACCAAAUGUUUCUUCAAAUUAUGAUAAAACCAUUGAAACAAUAAAACAGAGCAAAAAGUUUCAACCAACAGUACUGAAUUGUAGCAGUGGGAACCAAACAUGUUCAAGCAAUUAUCCAACAACAACGUUAGAAACAGAGAAAAACUCCGCGGUGUGUCCGGAGUAUUUUCGAUGGAUUCACGAGGAUUUAAAGCCGUGGAAGGAGAAAGGAAUAAGCAGAGAAAUGGUUGAAAUGGCAAAGAAAACGGCACAUUUUAGGUUGGUAGUGAAAAAUGGAAAAGGGUAUUUAGAGAAAUAUCAAGAAUCAAUACAAACGCGUGAUGUUUUCACUGUUUGGGGCAUUUUGCAAUUACUGAGAAAAUAUCCUGGUAAGGUGCCAGAUCUGGAAAUCAUGUUUGAUUGUAAUGAUAAGCCUGUGGUGCCAAUGGGCUUAUAUGACGGGCCCAAUGUUAUAGGCCCGCCACCUGUGUUUGGUUAUUGCGUCGAUCGGUGGUCGCAGGAUAUUGUUUUUCCUGAUUGGUCUUUCUGGGGUUGGGCUGAGAUUAAUAUAAGGCCUUGGGAAAAUCUGCUGAAGGAUAUAAAAAAGGGGAAUGAAAAGAUUAAAUGGAAUGACAGAGAACCUUAUGCUUAUUGGAAAGGAAAUCCUUUUACGGCCCUAACACGACUAGAUCUCCUCAAGUGUAAUGCUUCAACCACACACGAUUGGAAUGUCCGUUUAUUUUCGCAGGAUUGGAUUAAAGAGUCUGAACAAGGAUUCAAUCACUCAAACUUGGCAGACCAAUGUACAUAUAGAUACAAAAUUUAUAUUGAAGGAUAUGGGUGGUCUGUGAGUGAGAAAUACAUUCUAGCCUGUGAUUCUCCUACACUACUCGUGAAGCCUCGUUACUACGAUUUCUUCACAAGAAGCUUACAGCCAUUGCAACAUUAUUGGCCUAUAAAGGAAAAUGACAAAUGCAAAUCCAUCAAACAUGCAGUUGAUUGGGGCAAUAAUCAUCAGCAAAAAGUACAAGAAAUUGGUAAAGCGGGGAGCAAGUUUAUUCAUGAAGAACUCAGCAUGGAUUACGUUUAUGACUACAUGUUCCAUUUACUAAAUGAAUACGCGAAGCUUCUAAAGUUUGAGUCAAGAGUGCCCGAAGGAGCUGUGGAGUUGUGCCCAGAGACCAUGGCUUGCAGUAGAUCACGUUGGUCGGAGAAAGAAUUUAUGAGUGAAUCCAUGGUUAGGGAGCCUUCUACAAAAGCUCCGUGCUCCUUGCCUCCUCCAUUCGAGCCCUCGUCACUCAGGAUUUUCUACGCAACGAAACAAAAUUUAAUCAACCGAGUUGAGAGGUGGGAAAAUGAAUAUUGGAAAAAUAACCAAUGAGCAAAUACAUACACACAUUUGAAUUGAUUAAUUAAUCAAAUCUUAAUAAUUUGCAAUGCUAUAUAGUAAGCUAUAUAUAGUAACAAAAAGUUUCAUUCUUUGAGAUUGUAUUGGACAAGAAUUGAUUAAUUGCCAAAUAUUUAAGUGCCGACUUAGGACUUAUCCUUUUGUAAA